AUGUCUGCCACGAAGCCGAGUGCCUCGCAAGGACAAGAUGACCACAAAUUGAAUAUCCUCCUCACCAAUGGACGCUUCCCCGUCUCACUUGAUCUCGCUCGACAGUUCCGUCUCGCUGGCCAUACAGUCUACUGUAUCGAUCCUAUGGGCACACACAUCUGCACAUUUUCGAAAGCGGUCAAACAGAGUGCUCAAGUGCCGGCACCACACAAGAAUGCCACUGGCUACAUUCAAGCUGUUAAGCUCCUCGUAGCACGAUGGCACAUUGACAUCAUCAUUCCGAUACACGAGGAGAUUUUUUGCUUGGCUGAUUCCAAGGAGCCGGAGGUGUUGGAUCGUCUCUUCGCCCCGUCGUUCGAUCUGCUCGUGAGACUACACAACAAGCAUGAAUUUACAAACUACAUGGAACAGCUCGGCCUUGCGGUACCUCGAGCGUGGCUUUGCAAAAGUCUGCAUGAUGUGAUGCAAUUCCCCGUGGAAGAGUUUCCUGAUGGAAUCGCACUCAAGCCAUGUUUUGGUCGAGCGUGUUCGGGUUUGUACCAUCUCAAGCCUGGCGCACCUAUACCGACUGAUCUCCAAAUCGACGAGGACAACUGGUAUGUAGCACAAGAGUGGCUCGAGGGCAAACGAUAUUGCAGCUACAGCAUCGUGCGAGAAGGCAGGAUCGAGGCAACGAGUUGCUACCCUGUAUUGGACACACUCGAUGGCAGCAGCAGUGUCUUCUUUCGACAGACCUUCCACCCUGGAAUCUACGAUUACAUCUACGGAUUUGUCACAGGAGGUCCCAAAUUCAGUGGACAAAUCGCCUUCGACUUCAUCGAAACCUCCAAAGGCCUCUACGCCAUCGAAUGUAAUCCACGAGCAACAUCCGGUCUACAUCUUUGGACAAACACACCCUCACUAGCCGAAGCCAUCACAGGGUCCUUGCCCAAAGAACUCAUUGAACGUCCCAUACGACCGCCAAAGAAGAGAUCAGGACGAGAAUCUCACGCCCAAGUUGCUGCCGGCAUGCUGAUGUGGCAACAUAAAGACGCCACCACUCGAGUCUGGCUGAGACAUAUGAAACGAUUAAUCUUCACAAGAGAUGUGAUUUGGAAAUGGCGAGAUCCCAUGCCAACUAUUGCCCAACCUUUUCUCUUAACCGAGUACUACCGCAUGUGUCGCAGAACCGGACUCCAGCUCCCCAAGCUAUUCCAAGAACAAUUAAUCUGGGAGCCCAAAGGCGAAGAACUGAGACGAGUGCGAGCCAUGUUUGGCAAACAUCAUUCCAUUGGCGCAGAUAGCGGUGUAGUGGUACUGCCGCAGCCUGUUGAACAUGUCGAAUCUUGGGAUACGAGGACUUUGACGACGACUACUGAAGGUUCUUGACGUUUUUCGAAACACGUGCGAAACUCGUGUAGUGGUUUGUAUUAAUACCUACCUUACCUUACCUUACCUUACCUUGCCAAAGGGAGUGGCGCUGGUUUUGCUGUUGCUAUUUACUGGUCACCACGAGCACGCGUGAAGGGGAUUCGUUGCGCACUUUAGCUGUGCCCGGGGGUGGACGAGGGCUUCUUGAUGUGGGACGCGGGAAAGGAAGGGGAUGGAGAAACUCCAUGUAUGGCGUGAGAGGUGUCAAUAGCGACUUUUGUUUAGGUCUGAUUGUGUUGUGUGCAUGAGAGGCAGAUUGGAAAUCAGAUUCACAAGAGGGAGAGUGCGGAAAACAAAAAUCGCAAGCGAACUGGUUUCUAGUCUGUCUACCUAUGCUAAAU